CCUGUGAGCAAAGAUUGGGAAAAAGUCAUUGUUGCAAAUGUAUCUAAAUGGUUGGCCGAAGUCUCCCUGUGGUGUUUUGUCUUGCAAGAUUGUUUUUGAGGAACAUGACGACGCUGUAAUUUGGCUGACGCCAGGGGAUAAUUACCUGUAAAUUUCGCAGUUUUCUUUGAUGAAAUUUUCUUAUCGCACUUACGGCGAUAUUAGCCUGCUAAGAGACAUAAUAUGUUUGUAAUCUCCAGACAGAUGACCUUGAAUGUGUGCUUUAAACCGCUCGGUCGCUCCUAGCAGUCUCCGGUAUCCCGCCCUGCUGUGAGCCGACAGACUCUCUGACAGGUGCGUCACUGACAGCAGACAUGAGCCGCUUUCUGAACGUCCUCCGGAGCUGGCUGGUGAUGGUGUCCGUCAUCGCGGUGGGAAACACCGUGCAGAGUUUCAGGGACCACAGCUUCCUCUCAGAGAAGCUCUACACGGGAACACCAGAGUUUGUGAAUGGUCUCCAAGCUCGAACGUUUGGUGUUUGGACGUUGCUGUCAUCGAUUAUCCGGUGUGCCUGUGCCAUUGAUAUCCAGAACAAAACGCUGUAUCACAUUACUUUAUGGACAUUUGUGCUAGCACUGGGUCACUUUCUGUCUGAAGCAUUCAUAUACAAAACUGCACCACUGACUAUUGGAGUCAUGGCACCACUCAUUGUUGCAAGUUUCUCCAUCAUAGGAAUGCUCAUUGGAUUCCAGUGUUUUCCAGAGACUCAGGAGGAAGUAGGAGCACGGCAGAAGAAGCGAAACUAGUUUCCUCAAUUGGCCGAAUCCACCACCACCAGCACACGGGCUUGGACCGGUCCUUGUUUGCCGGCAGUUGCAUCAAGAAAGAAGAAGUUCCCAUGUUUACUGAGACUUUGUACUUCACCCUUUACGUCCUUUUAUAUAAAUGCAUAUUUUAUUAACAGCA